CUCUUCCCCGUCGCCGUCGAUCGAUUUCAGUAAGCGAGAGAGAGAGAAAGAUGAAGACCAUUCUUUCGUCGGAAACCAUGGACAUCCCCGACGGCGUAACAAUCAAAGUAAAAGCCAAGAUCAUCGAAGUAGAAGGACCAAGAGGCAAGCUAACAAGAAACUUCAAGCAUCUUAACCUCGAUUUCGAACUUAUCACCGAUGAAUCCGGAAAAAAGAAGUUGAAGAUCGAUUCCUGGUUCGGAUCUCGCAAAACAACCGCCGCCAUUCGCACUGCCUUAAGUCACGUCGGAAAUCUGAUAACCGGUGUUACAAAUGGAUACAGGUAUAAGAUGCGAUUCGUAUAUGCUCAUUUUCCUAUUAACGCUAGCAUCACAAAUGGAAACAAGGCAAUCGAGAUCCGUAACUUCCUUGGUGAAAAGAAGGUUAGGAAAGUUGAUAUGCUUCAAGGAGUAUCUGUAGUUAGAUCAGAGAAGGUUAAGGAUGAAUUAGUAUUGGAUGGAAAUGAUAUUGAACUUGUUUCAAGAUCAGCUGCUUUGAUCAAUCAAAAAUGUCAUGUGAAGAAGAAAGAUAUCAGGAAGUUUCUUGAUGGUAUCUAUGUUAGUGAAAAGGGAAAGGUAGCUGAAGAAGAAUGAAUUUUUCUUCACUAGUUUUUUAGGGUUUGGUGUUUUUUUUUCAAAAACUUGGAAAUUGAUUUACUUUUUACUAUGGGUUUUGUUAUAGACAUGAUUUAACUUAUUUUGGUCAUUUAUUUUGUCUAGAUUAUUAGUUGUGUUUUCAAUGCCCUAAUUUGAUGUUUGGUCUGAAUUUUGC